GUAACUUUGUUUCAUAAUAUCCUGUGGAGACCUUUUAACCGCAGCAUCACUUGAACUCUGUUCACAAGAAAGUCAUGCAGACAUGGGGGACAUCAUGGACCCAACAUGAAGGACAGAUUGUCGUUAAAGCUGCGUCUGGCCAAGCGUCUUCUGCUGAUUAGGUAGGGCAACUUGGCCCAGUCGAGCCGGUGAGUUCUAAGGACGACGGAGCUUUAUAUACUCGAGAACAGCUGAUCGCUUUCCAUGCACGAGGCCACUGUCACCCCACGUGCUACCCACCAAUCACGACCAGGAACAAGGGAAAAGGGUUUGUUCUUUUACUUAAAGCAUAAAACGUCCCAGUAGCCUCCACAAGGGAUAUGGACUUCGAGUUAGCAUAAUAAAGUGAUGAACUGCGUCUAGGAUUUUGCAUUUCCACGAUGUCAUUCGUCGGGUCAACUUUAAGCUUAGCUGUGGCCGAGAGCGCUGCACAUCACCGCAACAGCGCACACGAGCCCGGCCACAGCGGUUUAACAGAGGACAAACAUUUCUUACGAGUUCGACGGGAUUCUAUACAACCUAGCGAUGAAGAAAUAGCAUUAAAGACACAUACUACGGACUAUGGUGGCGAGACUGUUGAUAUUCCCGAACCCUUGCCCCGGGAUAUUGAUCGUGGAUGGGCUUGGGUCGUGCUUGUGGCGGCGUUCGUGUCCAACUUGAUUGCCGUCGGUAUAACGCGCGCUGUUGGCGUGCAUUAUGUGACUUUCAAGGAAGAGUUUCGGGACAGUGCCAGCUUGACGUCCAUGCUUGGAGCGGUAAUGAACAGCGUGUCAGGCCUGUCAGGUCCUCUAGCCAGUGUGAUAGCUAACCAGUUGAGCUGCAGGGUCAGCGUGAUGGCGGGAGGGGUGAUAGCCGCGGCCGGAUGCAUAAUAAGUGCCUACGCCACCAGUAUCCAAUACCUGCUGGUUACGUAUGGAUUUCUGAUUGGUCUAGGGAUAGGACUUGUCUACACGCCCACAAUGGUGAUCGCUGGACAAUACUUCGAAUACAGACGCUCCCUAGCCCUAGGAGUAGCCACAGCCGGUCUGUCCUUUGGACAGUUCAUUUUGCCGCCAAUAUUACAACUCCUCACAGACUACUACACGUGGCGGGGCUCCAUGUUCGUCAUUUCCGGUUUCUGCCUUCAGUUUUGCGUCUGUGGCGCCCUCAUGCGACCUCCCAUCAUACCAGAGCGACCACAGAAGCGAGCUCUAACCCAGGAGGAGGAUUUAGUCAAAUGUCAAAUGAGCCUCAGGUUUCUUGACCUAAAGGUACUUAAAAAUGCCGGCUUCUUGCUCCUUGUCGGCGCCAUGUUUUUACGUUCGAUGGGACUUGCCAUUGUCAACGUUCACGUUAACGCAUACGCCGUCAAACAGGGCGGAGCGACGGAAUUCCAGGCGUCCACCCUGGUGUCAAUAUGGGGUGCCAGCAGCCUGUUUAGUUGUCUCCUGACAGGAGCAGCAGCCAACGACCCAAAGGUUGUUGACCCCUUGGUGAUGCUCUUUGUCUCCCUGGGGUACAGCGCCCUCUUUGCGUUCUCAACGCCGUUGCUGAUUGGUUCGUACAUCACCCAGGUUCUGUUUGCGGCCGGGUUUGGGGUGUAUAUCACGUGUUUUGUCGUCCUCAUGGCGCCGAUGAUCGUCCGCCUGAUGGACGUGGCCUCUCUGAGCAGUGCCUAUGGAUACGCUAUGUUGCUGGAUGGCAUUGGGUUCUUCAUAGCGCCGCCCGUUGCAGGUUAUUUGUACGACAUCACACAAGACUACCAGUACUCCUUUUAUAUUGCAGGUGGAUGUUUGCUGCUUGGGUCGAUCAUUCUGUUGUUUAUCCCGCUGGCAGCUAGAGACGUGUUCAGAUCACGUAAAAAUAUGAGUGUUGGAUGAGACGCAUCCGCUAUGGCUGUAGCAACCAAACAUUCGUUUCCGGUUCCGGUUUCUAUGCCUUGGACUACGUCCGAUGUUGUCGUGACACUCAUCUAUUCCUAGCAGUGCAAUUUUAAUCAUAAUGGAAUUAUGCCAUAAAAGAAAAUACAUUCUUUCAUUUACACGUAAGAUAAGGCCUUGAAAAGGUUUAAGCAUAAUUCAACAGAUUCUGCAAUAACUGAAUGCAGAUGAAUCAUAAUAUUUUCUCACGAAGAAAAAAAAUCAACUGGAUACAGGACCCACGCACAUUAAGUCUCCUAAGCUUCCUGCAAGUAUGGCAUUAACGACACACUAAUUUUGAUAUGAUUUUGUAAUCUUAAAGUCCAAAAAACUGACAGAAGUGUGAGAAUGGACAAUAAGCAAUGUGCAGCUAAAGCUGUAAAGGGUUUUGUAUUGAAACUACAUAAUACGGUUAUUCUCUAUUACUGUUGGUGGAUAAUGUCGCAGUCCCGCUCUUGUAGUUGUAAGAUAAGAGCGUUAAAACUGUAAAAACGAUCAGAAAACAUUAUCACAGAUAUUUAAAAUUUAAAUUAAAUUUUAGUUAUUAUCGUUAUAUGGUAAUUUCCCCCUUAGUCAACAUCAGCACGUUAAAUGUGCCAGCUUCAGAAGCUAUAUGUUACAAUUUUUUCACUUGUUUAUGUACGUUUUAAGUCUUUUAUCCCAUUAAUUAAUAAUAAA